CCCCGUUCCCAGCCCUGCGCUGAGCACCAGGGCCCUGGGGUCGGCGCUCUUGCUGGCCCGGCCCCGCUCUGCGCUCCGUCCUCCCAGCCACCAGGUGCCCCCAGACCCCCGGCUGCUCCGCUGCCGCCGCCCGUGCUCUCUCUCCCUCGUUCCGCCGCUUCCUGCUCACGGGAUCCGGGCUCUGAGCGCCGGCGCCCCCGAGGCUUCCCAGGGCGCUCAGCCAGCUCUGUGUCUGCAGGUGCUGUGCAGCCUGGGGGGCUGGCUCUCGCUCUACACUUCUCUCUGCUGCCUGAAUAAGCACCGAAGCUAUGAGUGGAACUGCCGGCUCGUGACCUUCAGCCACGGAGUCCUCUCCAUAAUCCUCUCUGCUUACAUUGGCUUCAUUGAUGGCCCCUGGCCUUUUACCCACCCAGGCUCGCCCAACACCCCCCUGCAGGUGCAUGUCCUCUGUCUCACGUUGGGCUACUUCAUCUUUGACUUGGGCUGGUGUGUCUACUUCCAGUCAGAGGGGCCCCUGAUGCUGGCUCACCACACACUGAGCAUCCUGGGCAUCAUGGUGGCCCUGGCACUGGGGGAGUCUGGCACCGAGGUCAAUGCCGUGCUCUUCGGAAGUGAGAUCACCAACCCCCUGCUGCAGGCGCGUUGGUUCCUCCGGGAGACGGGACGUUACCACAGCUUCACUGGAGACAUGGUGGACUUCCUCUUUGUGGCUCUGUUCACCGGUGUGAGGAUCGGUGUGGGUGCCCGUCUCCUGUUCUGUGAGAUAGUCUCGCCCAAGCCCCAAUGGUUUGUGAAGGUCGGGGGGGUAGCCAUGUACAUCGUGUCCUGGUGUUUCAUGAUCAGCAUCUGGCACUUUGCCUGGAGGAAGAGCAUCAAGAAGUACCACGCGUGGAGAAGCAGGCGGGGCGAUGAGCCACAGCCAACACACAACGGGCACCUCAAGACGCAAUAGCCAGUCUGGCUGCCCAGCUUGAGUAACUCAGCCUUGCAUAUGGGAUUGUCACCUGGUAACAAUGUUAGGUUGCAAAAAAAAAAAUAGGGUGGGGGCUAGAUGUGUCCACCAGUCAGCUUUGGAGCGCAGUAUGUGCCAGUAUUAACACCAAGUUCCACCUGCAGCAAACUAGUCUACUCAGUGGUGGGUAGGAAUAGUCAGAAGUAGGGGCCGGUGGUGGUGACACAUGGUAGUCCAGAUCCUUUGCCAGGCUGGGUAUUCAGACUGAGUAGAAAGGAACUAGAGAAAAAGAUUAGGACUACUUCUUUCUUGUACCUUUGAGAAGUGGUGUUUCCAACAGAUAACUAUUCCUGUUUCCCAUGGAGCAAUUUGCAUCAGCUCACUCCCUUUACUGGGAAGUAAGGAAGUUUCAGGGAGAUCCAUGACUUCCAUGUUCUGAGUAUUGGAUCUGCUUGACCCAAGGGGGAUAGAAGGAUGCAGGUGACAAUUGUGGCAAUGGUGAUGGGUCACUACCUGAGCCCUUCAAUGACAACUGUAUAGGGCUCCCCAUGAUUGCCAGCAAACUCUGCUCAUGGCUUUUAAUUUAAUAGCGUCGUGGCAGAGGGAUACAGAGAGGGAAAAGGUACCUGGGCAGAGUUCAGGGGAAGCCGAGCACCUUGAGUCCCAGUGGGAUCACACAGUAGGUGCUUAAUUCCUCGAGCUACCAUCUGUGACAACACGUGUGGAGUCUGAUUGCCUAAGGGAGCUCGUCAGUGACUCAGUGCCCACGGAUUUCAUUAGAGCCCAGUCAGGGGCAGCAUCUGCCCAGUGGGAAGUGAGAUUCCUGACUCCAGAAGGAAAGAAGGUGUUUGGCAUUAAGCCAUAUUGUUUGCAUUGACUGCUUAAAGGUGGGUGCCCUUCUGAAGUCUCAGCGCUCUGAUGCCAGCUGCAAACAGCCCUGCCAAAACACACACAUACACACACGCGCGCGUGCGCGCGCACGGAGCUCGGGUGGGAGGUGAAUGAGGUGCAGGCAGGCAGAGUUACCAAGUCCUGUUGUUCAGGUUCUGCCCCACCAGGAAAACUAUGCCAGUUCUCAGGGCUUUUGUGCAUUAAUCUCGGCAUGAGAGGCCGUCACUAAAUUCCAUAGGGAUUUAACGUGUGGAUUCCACCGUGUUUGAGAUGCCAGUUCAGGUUUCAGCUCUGCUAUACAUUUUGCAAACUAGCACCAAAGACUACAGAGUGCUUUCUGGCCUCGGGGAUGCGGUUCAGCCCACCUCACUUCACACACAUUCUCUUUCAGCCCUUUUCAAAAAAAGGUGUCACUCUCUGGAGAAAAAUAUUAGGACAAGGCUAGUCUUGGAAGGAGAAACAUGUUCCUUGGGGUGAUAGUCUCUCUUAAGAAGAGCAAAAAAAAAAAAAUAAGGCAGUUUAGAGCGAGAGGUCUAGGACCAAGAACGCCUGGGUUCUUUUCACUGGUGCUGCUCCUCUCUGUAGAGCGUGUGACUACGUCACUUGUUUACUCACUGCCUAGGCCCCAGCCCUGUUGUGAAUGAAUGAAAUGUCCCAUUGUGUAUUUCACAGAACCAUGGGGUGGCAUUCCAUUAAUGGAGAUCCUUAAUGCAGGCCUUCUGUGAAGAAGACAACAUAUUUAUUUAUUUAUACAUGUAUUGUUUAUUUAUUUGAUGAUGCCAUCUGAGCCAGUGGUGAGAAAGUAUAUGGGGCUACUCAAGUCAAGAGGAAGUGAGAGCUCCUUCUGUGGUCUUUGGUAAUACUGACCCAAGGCGGGGCCUUGAGAAGGGCUGGCAUUGUCUAGGCAUGAGGGAAUGGCUGCGACCACAUCAAGUCAUCACUGCUCCCAGGAAAGCCACUUGGAAGGCAUUCUGACAGUGGUUCUUUUAAAAGGACCACCAGAAAGACUCUUGGUUAAAGAGUCUUUGCUGGGCAUGGGAAUAAUCUGCCAGCAAGUAAUAGCUCUUAAUUUUUUUUUCUUUCUAUGAUGUGUGUCCCUAACAUCCUGGUUUUCUUCAACAAAACUGUGGUCAGAGUAGGAUGCUGCGGAAUGCUGAUGUUAGUCAAAGCCUAGUUAGAGAAGACUGGCGUGGCCCACGGGCUUAAAAAAAAACAAAACGAAGAGGGUGAAAGAAAAAGCUGGCUCUUGAGUUCUGGCACAGUGCAACCUGUUCCAUACCAGACAAAUGAGCAGGCUUAAUCUGGUACCAGUUCUCUUCUCCUCACUCCUUAGAAGUGAAGGCAUGGCAGACUUAACUGAUUUAGAGGUAGUCUCAUAGGAAUGUACAUAGGGUUGCUUUUUUUUUUUUUUUAAUUUUGAGAAAUCUAGAUAAUGACAAGAGAAAGACUCCCUUAUGUCAAUUUUUAAUAUUUCUUUUUCUGUUAAAUGUUUUACUUUAUGAAGGAGGGAGAGAAACAGACAGAUACUACAGAGCGAGGCAGAGAGGCUAGGGCAGCACUCUGGCAUACGUGGAGCUGGGUGGGGAUUGAACCAGGGACCUCAUGAUUGCAAGUCCAAAGCUCUACCACUAUGCUAUGUGCCACUCCUACCCCCAACCCCCACCAGGCCAUCAUUUCAACUUUUCUUGAUGUAGUUAAUGACUCGGAAGGGAACUCUCUGAGAGGAAAAUGUGAAAUGAAACUGACUCAGCAGCUAAGCUACUGAAUUUCUUACAACACAGGUAAAUGAAGGGCUAAUUAACAUGUGUGAUCAGUCAAAAUGAAGGACCCAUUUGCAUUCAGAUUACUAUGUCAUAAUGACUAACAUGGCUUGAGAAAGUUUUAUAUUUCAAUAAGAUUUGUACUAGAUUUUAUAAAAAUAAAUGAAUUUUGUUUAAAAAAUUCA